AUGGAUGACGUAUCUGGAUUAGUAAAUAAGAAAAGUGCUUCAGUUAAAGAUGGACUUAAGGUUUUCAAGGAAAAGAAACAGCAUGACAAACCAGUGAGAGAAAAUUUUGUGUGUGGAGCAUGUGGGCAGCUUGGACACAUGCGGACCAACAAGAACUGCCCUAAAUAUGGAGAAGAUGCAGAAACUUCAGAACUAGAAAGUGUGUCAGGAAAAUCUAAUCUUCCUGAUGCUGCAACUCAGCUCCAAGUGAAAACUCCAAACAAGAAGUUGGUGCCUAAAAUGCUUGCAAAAGUGGCAGAUGCAGAAGUACCAGAAAGUGUUGAAAGGGCAGGACUGAAGUUGCCGACAAAGAUUCUCCCGGUGAAGUUCAAAUGCGGCCCAGCUGAAAAGCCUUGUGAGAAAAACUUGUCAGGGAUUCAUACUUCUGAUAAACAGAUUGUAGAUGCAGAGGGGGCGAAUAAACCAUCAGGAAAGAUCAAUAAAAUAAUAAUAUCUAAUAAGUCGAAUUCUGGUGAUGUUCAGAAUGAAAUUCAGAAAUCCUCUGUUCUUAUACGCCUUCCUGUUGACACAGAAAAAGAACAAUCACGCAAGAAAAUCAUCAUCAAACAGCCGAAAGUUAAUACUAACGUGGAGCAAGUUAAUUCUGCCACUGACACUGGAAUUGAUCACGAUUUCAGAAAAAUAAAGAAAAUUACUGAGUUAUCGAGUUUUGAGAAGAAGAAAAAUCAGGAGAGCCAGUGGUUCACCGAAGAGACAAGUAAGAGAAAUCUCAUCUAUGACAGGAGAUUAUGGGAUGAGGAAGAGAAAAGAAAAACCAAGGAGAGGAUAGUGGAAGAGAAAACUAGUAGGAUGCUUCAGGAGGAAAGAAGGAUGCAAGAAGAACACAGAUUAUUUGAGGCCAGAAGAUAUCCAGAAGCAUUCAGGAGGGAGGAAAGGACAAAGAAGAAGAAGAAAAAGAAAAAACAUGAUUUCAGAGAUGAAUACUUACUGGAUCAUAGGCCAUACAGAAACGACAGAAGGAUACCUGAAAGGGAUCGAGCUGCAAAGAGGCGACCGAUGGCCGAUGCUGAUCAGACAGAAUAUGCACCAUUAACAAAGCGUCGUAGGGGAGGAGAGGUUGAGUUAUCUAACAUAUUGGAGAGCAUACUCGAUAGCUUGAAGGAAACUAUCGAAAUAUCGUAUCUUUUUUCUCAAACCGGUAACGAAGAAAGAAGCCCCUGACUACCUUGACAUCAUAAAGCGCCCAAUGGACCUCUCCACGAUCAGAGAGAAGGUAAGAAACAUGGAGUACAAGAGCCGGGAGGACUUCAGGCAUGAUGUUUGGCAGAUCGCUUAUAAUGCCCACAAGUACAAUGAUGGUCGAAACCCAGGCAUUCCUCCACUUGCUGACCAGCUCUUGGAACUCUGCGAUUACCACCUGGAACAGAAGCAUCACAUGUUAAGCGAUGCUGAGGCUGGAAUUGAGUUCAGGGAUAUGUAGAAAUAACUCGUGUGAUCAUCUCACCUGAGGCCAAUGUGAGCACCUCUGGGUAGAAGAAAUUGUUAUAUGAUAAAUUUGGAAUGGAAUUAGAUUCUUCUGUAUUAUAUGGUUUUUUUUUUGGUAAACCGGGCGCCUCAUUACACAGGAAUAUGAGUAUGCCUCGAGCUGUCAGAAUACAAAACAUGAGCUAGGCCCUGUGGAAUGGAAUCAGUGUCAUCCUAUAGGAUGCAUUAUA